CGAAUGAAACAUGGCUGCGCCCUUGGUUGGAUGAACGGGCGAUUGAGAUCUGCAAGAUAAGAUGGCUGCAAGAGCGAUCAUCUCUGUUGGCCGGCUGUGCAGCAGACUACAAAGAGUUUCCAUAGCAACCACCUGCAAACAUGGACAGGCGGCAUCCAUAUCUACCCAUAUAGCAGGUUCUCGUCCCCAAGCUGGACCAGGAGUGCUACCAGGGAUAUUUUAUGAUGUGAAAGAUACCCUAGUGUCUGAUUCAGAGACCAGGAAGGACAUCCCCUGGUCCGACUCGAGGACUAGGAUUGCUUUGGAUUCGGUCUCCCAGGGCUUAGACUUGGAGUAUAAAUGCCCAUCUCUUCGUCUGGUAGCAGAUGUAGCCAUACUUGACAUUGCUGAAAAGACCACUACAAGCUACGAUUGUCCGAAUAUAAUAUCUAUUGUAGGUCAAGAAAUUGUUUUACCAAAUUCAUCAUCGCCAGAUCAAAUUGAAAUGCCAACGACAAAUUCAAAUGAUAUAGGAAAACAUGCUAAAAAUAUCCUAAAGAUUAGAAAGAAAAUGAGAAAGAAGCACAAGCUGAAAAAAUGGAGAAGGAAAAGAGCGUCGGAGAUUAGAAAAGAGUUAUUUGAAAAGAUAAAGAAACGAGAGGCGAAGCGUGAUGAAUAUUUAACGGGCAUUAUCAGUAAAGGUGAAGCAUUCGAUGCUGAUACUUUCAUGGAAGAUAUAAUGAGGAAAGCUCAGCGGGGUGGGUACAGGACGUCUCUGUUUGGUGAGAAGAGGGAUGUGUAAAUAGUCCCUUCUGUGUGUGUUUAAUGUUUACUGGAGGACGGGCAUAAGAUGUUGUAAGACACUAAAUCCAAGUCAUUGAAUAUACAACUAUAUCUGGUUAUGAUCAUUAUACCUAAAUUUAAGUUCAAUGAAGCUGAUAUAUAAGUGCUAUUCCAGUAAAAUAUCUAUCCAACGUGAGGACUUCAGAUUUGUGAAACGGGGACCGUCCAUAGAGAAGAUCAAUUCAAACAGUACUAUUGUAAUAGGUUACUUUUUCUCCAGCACCCAUACUGCAUAUAAUUUCUUUAUUCCUGGAUUCCUCUCAUCUGAUAUAUAUUUUACUGGAAGACCCCUAAUAAUUUCUAUUUCAUUGUGAUGUGAGAAGCCUAAGUAAUGAAUGAGCUGGAGGAUAUAUGUUGACCCAAUGGCUGUUUUUGCGAGUGAAGAAUUUCAAACCUCAUUAUGAAAACUUACAUAUUGAUCUGAUUUGACAAUAUUCUGUCAUUUUAUUACUUGAGAUCCUAAUGAAAAUAUUGUUAAUCAAAGAACAAUGAAGUUGUACCAUCAUUAGAGAAACUAUUGUCUGAUGCAGUUUAUCAAACCUGUGUCUGCAAUCAUCUUUUGGUAUACAUGUAUGACGGUAAAGACAGUGAAUCAGUUUGUAGAUUUGAAUGCUUUCUUGGGUAAUUGUUUGCAGAAAUCUGAACACUCAAAAACAUGUUGUAAAUUAAAAUAUUGUUGAUAUGGAUGAAGUAAAGAUGAGAUAUUGGAAUGUA